AUGACUACAAUUAUAUAUAAUGGUAAAUUACCAACAUUAUUAUAUGAUCCAAAUUGUAUAUUUACAUGGUGUCCACAAUUAAAUUUAAUAUUCAUAUCAAUGAAUAAGAUGUCAAUUUGGUGUUAUAGAAUAAAUGGAGAACGUAUCUAUUCAAUAAACAAUAAAUCUCAAAUUAAACAAAUUACGUUUCAUGAUAAAUUUUUUUGUCUAAGUGGUAUAGAUAACCUUAUUAAAAUAUACAAUUCAAAUGAUGGAAAUUUAAUCAAAAUUUUAGAUUAUAAAUUCAAUAAUAUUCAAUUUUUAAACUGGAAUAAAACUGAAUAUAAACUUGAUAAUGAUAAAUUAUCUAAAUUUCCUAAAAUUUAUGAAUUGGAAACCAAAUUGGAUUAUUUGGUAGUUGUUGAUGAUAAUGAAAUUAUUUUCAAUUUUAACAAAUUGUGGACUAUUAAUCUACCUUGUGAAUAUAAAAUAACUCAACAGGUUCAACUGGAUUUAUUUGAUCAAGUGUAUUUAAGUGAGGAUAAAUUGAUUAGAAUAAAUUUCAACAUUGAGAAUAAGCCAUUAUAUAUUGAUACGAUUUUAAAAUUAUGUCAAUUGAGUCAAAUGAUGGAGAAUAUAACUAGUACAAUCAAAAAUUUAGAAACUGAAUUGAGAACUUUUGUUAUUAUUUUAGAUCGUUAUUUAUCUAAUUUGAAUGAAGAUAUACGAAAUGUUGAUAUUUUCACAUUUUUAAAUGAUUUAUUAAUUACAAAUUUAAUACCAGAGAGUUCUAAAGAUUAUUGGUUGAAUCAAUUUGGAGAAAGAGGAUAUAAAAAAUUAGUCAAAAUGUCAACUCAUUUAAAAGAGUAUUGUUUAAAUACAAUUUUUCAAUAUUUGAUUUCAAUAAUGGAAAGAAUUAUUAUUUUGGUUGGUGAUAUUAAUGGGAUUAUUAAAUGGGAUAAACAUUUAAUUGGAUUAGAUAAUGUUGAUCAAUUUUUACAAUGUUGUAAAGAUUUAUUAAAAUUUUAUUAUAAAUUUUUAUGGGAUUUACGUAUUGAAUUUGAUCAAUUUGAUGAAUUUUUAAAUUGGAUAAAAACUAUAUUAGAUACUUUAAACGAUCAAGAAAAUGUAGAACUAAAUUAUUCAACUUCAAAUGUAUUAGAAUAUAUAAAUGAAAAAUUAACAACCCCAUCAAUUUUGAAAUAUUUCAAAUUUGAAGAUUUAGAAUUUAUGAAAAAUAAGGAAACUGAUUUGAUGGUACAACAACAUAGAACAUUUCAAAAUCAGUUUGAAUUAAUUUUAUUAAGUAUAAAAAAUCAUCAUUCAUCAAUCAUAUCUAUUAAUCUUAUUCAAUCUAUAAAAUUACCUAAGCUAUAUACAAGUUUAAAAUUGACAAAAUGGAAUAAUGAAAUAAUUAUAGCUUAUAUUGAUUCUAAUUCAAAUUUGAUAAUUACAUCAUUAAGGAAACAAUUAUCGUCAAUUCCAAAUGUUAAAUUAUUUGAGUUUGAUCAAGAUUCAUUGAUUGCAUUAACUGACAAAAAUUUAUUAAUUAUAAAUAUAAAUAGUAUAAUACCAAUCCAGUUACCGAAGAUUAAUUUUGAACCAAAAAGAUUAUGUUUGAAUAAUCAAUUUGGAUGUCUUGCAGAUUCAAAAAAUCAAAAUUAUACAAUUUUUAAAUUUGGGUAA